AGUGAAAAUGUGGCCGCCUUCCUUGAAGGUAUCAAUUAUGGUCGAUUGGUCGGACUUAAAGUGUGUUACCUUGACUAGGCUUUAGUUUGAUAAGUUUUCAAAUUUACCUCAGUGAUGUCUUGAUAAAAGUGCUACUUUGGUGUUUAGUAUGUGAAAUAUAAGUGGUAGAUAUUAUGAUUACGUGGAUUAUUAUAAUUUCAGCAGCAGCGUCAGUAUGCGGCAUAGAGUGGGACGCCCCCGUGCCGUACGACCCGGUGUGGCUGGCCAGUGUGCAGACGCAUGCGCCGGUGCCACCGACCAACGAGACCAGGCUCUGGGGGUGGGUCACCGAGACCGAUGUGGAGUUCCGGCUGUUCACUAGACGAAAUCCAUUUAACUACCAGGUGAUCCAUAUAAACGAUUCGGAAGCAUUGUGGAACUCAAACUUUGACUUUAAUAGAAAAGUUAAAGUUCUUACUCAUGGCUGGCUCAACCAUGGCUUCAGUCCCAUGCCAGAAUCUAUUAAAGAAGCCUACCUCAACGUGAGUGACCUCAACAUAAUCGUGGUUGACUGGGGGGUAGCAGCCAACGUGAACUACAUUCUUGCCAGCUACAACGUGGCCAUGGUGGGGCGCCACCUGACUCACUUCCUCAACUUUCUCAUAGACGAGGGCGUGUCUAUGGACGACGUCCACUUGAUAGGACACAGCCUCGGCGCCCACGUGGUCGGCAUAGCUGGGGCGUAUGUGCAGAAGGGACCUAUUGAUACCAUCACUGGUCUGGACCCAGCGCUGCCUCUGUUCACGCUGGGCAACAAGGACGCUCGUUUGGACAAACACGACGGCCGCCACGUGGAGGUCAUUCACACCUGCGGCGGCUACCUGGGCUUCGCGUCUCCUCUCGGCCAUAUAGACUUCUACCCCAAUGGUGGGACUAGGCAGCCGGGCUGUGGGAUCGACUAUCGGGGUCUCUGCGCCCACAACCGCGCGCACAUGUUUUUCGCCGAGUCCAUAACGUCAGACGUGGAGUUCACGGCGGUGCGGUGUUCUAGCUACGACGAGCUGUACUAUACGGGCUCGUGCCGCGGCACCGGCGAGACCCUGCCCAUGGGCGGCUUCGACAUACACUACGGGAAAGACGGUAUUUACUACCUGAAGACUAACGCAGAGAAGCCAUUCGCCAUCGCAGAUGCUGAGUGAAAACAG